CUAAUAGCAGCCAAUUCUCUAACUAUGAACUAUUUACCCAUAACAGACUUUAAAUUGACAACCCACUACCUAAAAAAAGGAAAAACAGUAGUAGAAUUUGUUUUCAAGGAUAUGGUAUGAAAAGAAAAACAUUUAAUGAUCUUCUCAUAGGAGGCCUAACGAAUCAUACAUUAUACAAUAAAAUAAUCAUCUAUUUACGUUCAUUGUAAAAGUAAAAGUUCAUUUAAGAUAGAAAAAACGACUCGAAUUCGGGAUCUCAAAAGUAAAAAAAAUAUAUUUACAGAAUAAUAUGAUUUAAUUAAAAAAAAAAAAAAAAAAAAGGAAAUUGAGGGUAGAUGAGAAAUAAUGCAUGCACAGUGACAUUCAGAAUGGGAGGCACUUUCCCCAAAUUAUGUUGGCUGAUGGGAUAAUUCUGCAUUGCAUUUCAACAUUGCAAUUUUCAAGCAAAUGUCCAACAGCAACAACAACAACCAAAAAAGUUAAUGAUGCCUGAUAGGCACUACUUGCAUAAAAUUCUUCUUUUCCUUAACCAAGGCAGAGUAAGAGUUGGAGCCCAUUAUUAUCUCCAAUUUCUUGAUCAAAUCCUAACCCAAACCAUUAUCACUACUUGUCUUGUUACCCAUCCCACCUCCACAUGGAACUGUCUUAUAAGAGCUUACUCUAAAACCCACACUCCCAUUAAGUCCAUUCUUGUCUCCAACUACUUCAUUGAACUUGGCUCAUUCUAUCCUGAUCGCUACACCUACCCACUUCUACUCAAUGCUUGUUCCCGUUUAUCUUUUGCUUCUAUGGGGCAAUUAGUGCACACCCAUUUGAUAAAGAUUGGCUUAGAUUGUGACAUUUAUGUGCAAAAUGCUCUUCUUCAUUUUUAUGGCUCUAUUAAACAAUUGAAUUAUGCACGCUUACUGUUUGAUAAAAUGUAUGAGAGAGACAUCACAAGCUGGAAUACUUUCAUGGGUGCUUCUUAUGCAAGUUCUAAUUCGGUUAUUGACCUUAUGGAUUUGUUUAAAAGGUUGAUUUCUGAAGGUGUUGGAGCUGAUAAGAUUACUUUGGUGAUUCUAUUCUCAGCUUUUGCACAAGCUCAAUGUGACGAGUCAUUAGAAUAUGGAACUGCAGUUCAUUCUUGUGCUAUAAAAAUGGGAUUAGUUUCUAUGUUGAAUGUGAGCAAUGCACUAUUGAAUAUGUAUACUAAGUACAGACAGAUGGAUGCAGCAUCAAGAGUGUUUGAUGAAAUGGGUUCUAAGAAAGAUGUAGUUUCGCAUGCGAUUUUGAUCAAUGGCUAUGUUGAGAAAGGCUUAAUAGAUUUGGCUAGCGAUAUCUUUUAUCAGAUUUUUGACAAGGAUCUUGUCUUGUGGAAUGUGAUGUUGCACGGUUAUAUCAAGGCAAAGCGUCCAAUAGAUGCCUUGGAACUUUUCAAGAAGAUGGACAAUGAGGGCCUGAUUCCUGAUGAAAAUACAAUGGUUGGCAUUCUUGCUGCUUGUGCUAGUUUAUCGGAUUUGCAAUAUGGUAGGGUAGUUCAUAUGUUUAUUAACAGAAACGAUAUAAAACAAGAUAUUUUUGUCAAAACAGCUCUAAUUGAUAUGUACUUCAAGUGUGGGAGUCCUGAGGAGGCACUAGUUACUUUCUAUAAGAUGGAAUAUAAAGAUGUUUUUACUUGGACAGCAGUAAUUGAAGGGCUUGCAAACAAUGGAUAUGGGAAUGUGGCUUUGAAUUUGUUUAAGCAAAUGGAAGAACAAGGAAUUCAGCCAAACGAAGCAACGUUUGUUUCUGCGUUAACAAGCUGCAGACAUUCAGGGUUAGUUAAGGAAGGCUGCCAAAUGUUCAGAAAGAUGGUAGAGGUCUACAAACUCCAACCAAGGUUUGAACACUUUGGCUGCCUAAUUGAUGUGUUAAGUAGAGCAGGACUCCUAGCUCAGGCAUACGAGUUUGUUAAGCUGUUGAGGCCUGAGGAAAGACUCGCAGCGUAUAAGAUUGUACUAAGUGCUUGCAUCAAGUACUUAGAAUUUGAUGUUGGAGAAAAGGCUGCAUUAGAAAUGGCAGAGUUGAGUCCUCAAAGCUGUGAAAUGCAUAUUCUUUUAUCCAACUUCUAUGCUCUGGCAGGUCAAUGGGAAAGAGUUGCAAAGACAAGGAGAACUAUGAAAAGGUUAAAUACAAGAAAGGAGCCUGGAAUUAGUUCUGGGGAGCCAAAAUUAUGAACCGAAUAGUACUUGCAUUAUUGCAUAUUCUGUGACUAAUGGGUAAAACAGAACAGCCAAUAUUAGAUGGUAGGAAAAAUUUGACCUAUCAUGAGAAGCAAACAGAGGAGGAAUGGGCAUCAAAUCCACUAUUCUAGGAUAGGCACAAUACUUCUGUAGAACUUUUGUAUUGAAGCCACAACUAAACGAGCAUCAAAUUUCUCCUGUCAAUUUUAUAGAAAGGAUUUUACUUCAAA